AAAUUAUUGCCCAUAAAAUGACAAUUUUUCUCACCGUUCUAAUGAUUUUACUAUUCCUUUGGUUGUAAAUGUACAAAUAUUGAAAGUAAAAUUUUCAAACUUUGCGCGCCGAGAAACAGGGCUGCACAACUUCGGCUAAGGAGCAACUAGGUGGCAACGCCGUCCUCUAUUUUAAAUGCAAAUAAAAUCAUUUGUGCUUUAUCAAUACAUUGAAUAUUCAUUGACAUAACUUAAAUUAAAAUAAAUAUAUACGUUUUAAAUUGUCAUCGCUGGUGGGCCAUCUCUGUUCACACGAGGUGCCGAACAAAACGUAAAAAUUUCUGAUAGUUUAUUUAAUAAAACAGACGGAAAUGACGGAAGCUGAAGAAAUUAACGGCAAGGAAGAGGUGGAGGAGGACGAGCAGGAUCAAAAACAAAAGAAAUCCGAUGUGAAACGGCAUGACGACGGCGCCGCAGAUUUGGAACGUGUUACGGAUUAUGCCGAGGAAAAAGAGAUCUCCGCGGCCAAUAUCUCCAGCGCCGUUGAACAGUUUGGCAACCAGCGAAACAAGGAGAACGAACUGCGAGUAGCCAAGGAAAAGGAGCUCCAAAAGGUGCAAGUCAAAAAGGAGGACAUUGAACUGAUUAUGAACGAGCUGCUGGUUAGCAAGGCGCAGGCCGAGAAAGUGCUCCGCGAGCAGAGCGGCGACGUGGUGGCCGCCUUGGAAGCCAUCAUCAGCAACUGAGGUGCUUGGAGGACCUGGACUCACCGCCGUCUGUUUCUUUUAUGUAGCGCAACACUGCUUUAUUUGUACAUUUAUAAACUCUAGCGAAGAAAAACCAACCAACUUUUAAGCCCACAACAGAAACAA